UCGCCCAGAAGCUGCAAGGGCGAGAUGCACAUCCAACACACGCAAGACCAAACGGCACUUCCCAUAGUGAAGCAAGCCCUCAUCACCCUCCCGCGCGGUGAAGAUCGCCACGUCCAUGCGUCGGAUACGACCACCUCACCCUUCUUCUAGAUACCCUCAAUUGCCAAAAGCUGUGCAUGCUGCAAUCCACCUUGUCCUGCAUCUUACUCCCUUCGCGGCUAUUUCCUCGGUCGUGUCGAAAGCAGAAGUCGCGACCCUGGCGCGUAUAGAAUCGGAUCCUAUAACCAGGUUCCUUACACGCCGCUGCGCCCGGCACGGCAGACCAGCGCCCCCGUCGCGCAUCAAACACUCGUCUCGCUGGGUAAACCACUUACUCGCACCCAGCCCACAUACCCCAGGACAGAACAGGCAGGCUCACGAUACCAUGCUGGGCAUGUACACUGCCGCUCAAACGCCUACUCCGGAACAGGCAGGAAAGCGGUGCAACGGAAUACCUGAAACGUCCUUCGAGGACGACCUUCCACAACUAUCGAUAACCGCGAUGCCCAUUGCUAGACAGCCGCGGCGCGACAAGCGCUGAGAGAAAAGUGUCGCCAGCGCAGCAACGCGCU